AUGUGGUCAUUCCUGCUGAUAUCCUUCUGCAUUCAGGAAAUCAGUUCAUUCGAAAAUGAGUUGUUCCCAAGGGAUUGUGACUGUCGUGACUGGAACGGUGGAUGCAGGAGAAAUGGUGAGAAGUGGCUCGACGAUGAUACUUGGGUCUACAGAUGUAAUGGAAAGGACGGUUAUCAAUCAGAAUUUCUGGGUUGUCAAAGUAGCGAUCGAUCCGGGAAGGUAUUAAUUCAGGCUGGUGACAAUAAAACUAUUGAUGGCUUUUGGUUUAGCUGUAGUCAUAAUACGUUCAGGCUUAAAUAUGAAGAAGAACCUCGAUGUGUGGUUAAUAAUACGCAAUAUCAUACAGGUGAUCUGUUCCGAGAGAAUUAUUUCCAGUGGCUCUGUUUGGAAAACGGUCGAUGGAUUACAGGUUGUUAUUAUCAAAAUGAAACGAAACAUUGGAUUCUGUUGAAAAUUGGUCAGACCGGUUACAGUGACCUCGUGAAACAUGUUUGUGAUCAGUAUGAUGACUAUCCAGGAAGGGUGCAAUACUACGCUGAAGUGCGAAAAGAUGUGUCCGUCAAGCAUCCUUCGAACAAAGGCAAAAAUACGAAUUUGCCACAACUGGUCGAUAAUCGUUUAAAAGACGCGCCAGUUCGUUGGCUUCACACAAAUGCAGCCAAUUUCAUAAUCAGUAAUGAAGGCUUCAAAUCAAAAAUCCGUUAUCUGCCCGAUUCCAAACAAAUGUAG